GAUAGUACACACGUUCCACUGACCGGUGUUAGCAACAACAUACAAACUAGUCGCAGGUUUUGUCGUGUUUAUAUGAGUUUAGGAGCUUUUUUGGUUUAAGUGAACGUGUCAAACGACAGACAACACUGAUAUGUAUCGAUAUGUACGGUGACAAACUAGGAGGUUCUGUUAGGACUUAAUGUCGUAACCGUAUCAUAGUAACGGAUUGUACAUCUCCACGUUAACAGUUCACUAACAGUUCUCAAACCCCCGCAGCCAUGGCCGGCAAGGGCCGGGGAGUGGCAGCCUUCUCCUUCAACAUUGAAUCUCUGGGCAUCGGCAGGGGCAACAUGCCAGAAACCAGGGUGGGGCCUACCCCGUUGUUUCCAAAUACUGAGUUCAAACCGGUUCCACUGAAGGUUGGCGAGGAUGAGGACUACAUGCUGGCCUUGAAGCAGGAGAUGAGGGGAACAAUGCAACGGCUCCCACACAACAUCAAAAGCCAGUCCGGCAAAGCAGAAGUGGAGAAAUACACACAGAGAUACCUGAAGCAAAGUCGAAUGGAUGACGAGGAAUGGACUCCAGCCACAAAGAAGAAAACUGUGACGAAGUCCCUCAAAGACACUGCGGAUGUUUUGAAUAAACUGGAGGAACUGGCCAAGAAGGAUGACAUGAACCCAGAGAAGUCAGAUGAUGAGACUGAAAAAGAAAAGAAACCUGGAAAUGAGGAGGAUGAAGACAUUGAAGAGGAAGAAUAUGAAGAAGAAGACAUCGAAGAGGACAACGACUACAUUGAAAGCUACUUUGACAACGGGGAGGAUUUCGGAGCAGGCAGUGAUGAUAAUAUGGACGGUGAAGCGACAUACUGA